AUGCUCCAUUUCUCUCCACCGCUCCACCGCCCGCUCUGCCUCUCUCCGCCUCCUCGAAACCCAAGUCUUAGUCCGACCCGAAUUUUCAACUUCAUCCAUUUCGAUAAACUCGCCGAUUAUAAAUUCAUAUGGCUCGGGUCAGCCUGUACACGAAAGCUCUGGGUUCAUCCCACUGUAAGAUCGUUGUCAUCACUAUCUUCUUCUUCUUAUUACAAUUCAAUAGGCGAUAGUGACGAUUUUGAUGUGGAAUUGGGCCGUCUUCUGGCGCUUUUGCCUGAGGAGAUGCGGCGGAGGGUAAGCGAGCAUCCAGAGCUCCGGGACUUGAUUGAGGUGGUCAUGGAUAUGGGACGAAAGCCUCUGGCUCGGUUCCCGUCAGGUGACUAUAUCUUGUCGGAUCACCCGAUCACCAUAGAGGAUAUCCAAUACGCCACUUCACAGGUUGGUGACUUUGCUGUUGAUAACAGAGCAGGAAUUAGUAGAACCUUGCACCGCAUUAGCGCCGUUAGGAAUCGGAAAGGUGCAAUUAUUGGUUUGACUUGUCGUGUUGGUCGAGCAGUGUCUGGAAGUGCCAACCUGUUGAGAGAUUUAGUUGAAGCUGGGGCUUCUCUGUUACUUAUUGGGCCCCCAGGGGUGGGGAAGACCACUAUUAUCAGGGACAUAGCUCGUAUGCUUGCAGAUGACUACCAAAAGCGUGUAAUGAUUGUUGACACCUCGAAUGAGAUUGGUGGGGAUGGGGAUAUACCUCAUGCUGGAGUAGGUAACGCUCGGAGAAUGCAAGUUCCGCAUACUGAUAUGCAACAUAAGGUGCUGAUAGAAGCAGUUGAAAAUCAUAUGCCACAAGUAAUUGUAAUUGAUGAAAUUGGCACAAAACUUGAAGCAAUGGCCGCAAGCACAAUUGCACAACGUGGAAUUCAGUUAGUAGCAACAGCUCAUGGAGUAACCAUAGAAAAUUUAGUGAUGAAUCCAGCACUGGAAAUGCUUGUUGGGGAAGUGCAGAGUGUGACAUUAGGUGAUGAAGAGGCAAGUCGGAGGGGUGUCCAAAAAACAGUGUUGGAAAGGAAAGGACCAUCAACUUUUAGCUGUGGAGUUGAGAUAAUUUCCAAGACUGAGUUGCGAGUUCAUCGUAAUUUAGAUGCGACAGUAGAUGCCUUACUUUCAGGCCAUUACCCAAAAUUUGAGGUUCGGAAGAUAAAUCAGGGAUCAGAAGAUGAAGCCGAUCAAAGGCCUUUCAUUUCUGAUUCAUCUGAGACAAUAGCUGAAAGUGUGGUUGAAGAUGGCUUGGAAUCGAAUGAUGGUCCACUUGACUAUACAGAGUUUGGUUCAGAAGCAAAGUGUUGUAAAGAUGAGGAUGCCCUAUGUAUAUUUCUUUAUGGGAUAUCAGAGGCAAGUAUGAUACAAGGGAUUAAACAGUUAAGCAUUGAUGAUUCAGUUGAAUUUACUGACAAUAUCAGCGAAGCAGAUGUAAUGCUUGCUUUGCAGUCUAAGCUCAAGAAGAAUUCUCGGCUUCAAGCUGCCGCAAGAUCUCAUGGCAUUCCUAUUUAUGUCGCAAAGGCAAACUCGUUGGCACAGUUAACAAAAGCCAUACAGGCUUUACUAACUGAUUAUGCUGAUGGUUAUGACUCUUUUGAAACUGAAGCUAAGGCAAAUGAGGCAGAAAAAAUUGAUGCCUUGGAGGAGGCAAGAGUAGCCAUUGAGCAAAUAGUGAUUCCAAAAGGAGAACCUGUAGAUCUACUUCCCCGGUCUUCCAACAUUAUGUUGCUGCAGAAGGAUCUCAUCCGUAAAUACAAGCUUAAAUCAGAAAGAGUUGGUGGUGAGCCAGAUGUACGUCUUCGUAUAAUUCCUUUUCCGAGCACGGGAAAUGAAGACAGCAACACAAGUGGAGUUGAUGAUGCGGCUCAAAUCGAUGAAUUAUACAGGACAAAUGCUGAAACAAAUGGAGCUGCCUUCACUGUUGAUAGAUUACCUCUCCUUCCUGACUAG